AUGCUCCUCCCCAACCUCCUCCGCUCAAGCCCAAAGCUCCCAUGCGCAGCUCCGAUCGGGUUCUUCAUGCACAUUGCCUUUCCUUCUUCCGAGAUAUUCAGGUGUUUGUCCGUUCGACAGGACUUGUUGCUCGGUUUGCUCGGGGCGGAUUCGGUAUAUCCCCAGACUGCCAAUUAUGCACGCCAGACUGUUUCGCCCACAUUGGUGUACGAGGCCCUGCCCAAGGGGAUCCAAGUCCUGGAGGUACACGGCGCCACAGCGGAGGGUGGCGGCGUCGUCCGAGACGAGUUGGGCGAAUGA